AAAUUCCAUUUAUUUCUGUUCAGAUUGUUCCAACUCUAUCGCAGAGGAGGCAAAAAAAAGAGAACGGUAUCUCACUCUCCACCAUUGUCUCUGACUCGGUCUAUACACAAACUGGCAUUUGGGUAUUUGCCACCAUUUUCUUCAUUCUUCCAAAAACCCCAUUUCGUAUUUCACCAUUUUUGCAGAUUUUUCUGUUCUGCAGAAGGUUGGUUUUGGUUAUUGAUUCAGAUUUGGUGUUUUUUUUUUUAGCCUAUCUUCUCUUUUUCGUUUUAAAUCAAGAUUCGGAGUUCAAUUCUUGAAGAUUUUGGGGUAAAGAUUGGAUUUUUAUUUGGAUUUGAUUGACUCAUCUCUACCCUCCCACCGACAGUUUCUUCACAGACCCCCUUUUUAAUGGAAGACACCAAUUUCAUCUUUUUUGUGUUUUUGCUGUUUAUUUUGUCUGCAACUUGUCAAGAUUCCGAUCUUGAAACUGAUUGCACAAACAAAUGGAUCCAUAUCAGACAUCUACCACCUCAAUUCAAUCUUGACCUUUUAUCAAAUUGCUCUGCAUAUCCUCUGUUUGAUAAUUUCUGUCCUUAUUUAGCAAACCAUGGCCUUGGUCAAAAGACUCACAACAAAUCACACAGCUGGUAUCGCACUGAUCCUUUUAUGCUUGAGCUUGUUUUUCAUCGUAGAAUGCUUGAAUACCCUUGUCUUACAUCUGAUGCUACUCAUGCCAAUGCAAUUUAUGUGCCUUAUUAUGGUGGUCUUGAUAGUCUUAAGUACUUGUAUGGUCCUGAAAUUAAUUCAAGUUUUCAGCAUGGUUUAGAUUUGUAUGAUUUUCUUGUCCAUGUUGAUUCACCUAAUAUUUGGAGUAGAAAUUAUGGUCAUGAUCAUUUUAUGGUUAUGGCAAGGCCUGCUUGGGACUUUAAUCAACCUUUGAAUAGUGAUCCUUUGUAUUUUGGUACUUCAUUUCUUGAAUUGCCUGAGUUUUACAAUGUGACUGCAUUGACUCAUGAAAGUAGAGCUUAUCCUUGGCAAGAACAAGCUAUUCCAUAUCCCACUUCAUUUCAUCCUCCGAAUUUAGCCUUUUUCGAAUCUUGGGUGAAUAGGCUAAGGAGGUCUAGGAGGACUACAUUGAUGUUGUUUGCUGGUGGUGGUGGAAUUUCAGCUAAUCCUAAUGUUAGGAGAAGUAUUAGACUUGAGUGUGAGAAUGCUACUAGUAUGAGUGCUAAUGGCACAGGGUACGAGAAAUUGUGCGAAUUUGUUGAUUGUUCUAAUGGGAUUUGUCAACAUGAUCCUAUAAGGUUUAUGAAGCCAAUGUUGCAAGCUACCUUUUGUUUACAACCUCCAGGGGAUACACCGACUAGACGUUCCACGUUUGAUGGGAUUCUUGCAGGGUGUAUUCCUGUGUUCUUUGAAGAUUUGUCCGCGAAAAAACAGUAUGGAUGGCAUUUACCAGUGGAGAAGUAUGAAGAAUUUUCAGUGUCGAUACCUAAAGAAGACGUUGUGUUUAAGGGGUUGAGCAUUGUUGAUGUUUUAUCGAGUAUACCUAGAGCUCAAGUUAGAAGGAUGAGAGAAAAGGUUUUGGAAAUGUUGCCUAGAGUUAUGUAUAGAAAGCAGGGAAGUUCUUUGGGUUUGAGGAGUAAAAAAGAUGCAUUUGAUAUUGCAAUUGAAGGCACUUUGGAAAGAAUCAAGUCUAGGCUUCAAGAAGUAGCAGCUCAAUAAUGAUUUAUUAUUCUUAUCUCUUAUUGUUCUUGUUAUCUAUUACUAUUACUAUUAUUUAUAAUACAUCAAAUGGUGCAGAGAUAGUUUUGAAUUCCAUAUUUUCACUGGUAAUGAAUCAAUGUAAAGGCAAUCAUUUAGAAAUUCUUGUUUACUUUACCCCUAA